CUUUCUGCUUUCCUCGUUUUCCUUUUCUUUAUCAAAUCAUAACAAUGGCGAUGACAAGUAUCGUUUGACAGGCGAAAUCUGGAGUUGCGAAUAUUCGCCAAAUUAUUGAAUUCCAGUGGGGUGAUGAUUACAAUAGACAUUUGCGCCAUUUGGAUUUGAAAAAUUAAGCUGGUCUUAAGAAAAAAAUAAAUAGAGGAAAAAAUGUUAACAGUGAUAAAUAAUGACGAAGACAAUCCGUGCCUCAACAAAAAUUUAUCUCUUGGAAUAGAUCAAGCUUGUUUCAGUGUCAUUAAUGAUACUCCGGAAAAUUUAACAUUAUAUUCAGUUAUUAACGAUUGCUACGUAGUAAAUUGCGAAGGAUUGAAAUGGGGAAAUUUGACGCCUCACAGCAACACGACACUUGUUGCUGAUGCAAAAUUGCCGUUACACAUUUUUUACAGGGAUUCGAAAGGUUACGAAUGGUGUCAUGACACUUUCAACUUUAAACAGUAUGGACAUUACGGAUGGAAUAUUACGGACGAAAGAGGAGGAUGUUCCUCUAUUUAUACUUUAUAUGAUUCCUGGAAUCCUUAUCUACCGAUUUUGGCAGCGUUUAUGAUGUUUCUUCUGGUUGCCACUGUUUUCAAGACUUCGAAAAUGAUAAUAAAAACUAUAAAACUUUUUCGACAACGAGAAAACGGUAUUGACAAUGAUCAAGAGAGAUUACAAGAUUCGGACAAUUCGCCAGGAUUAAUUAGCGUUACGAAAACAUCAUCGCGAUUAAAAUCGGUCGACGCAUUCCGAGGAAUUGCCAUCUUACUGAUGAUAUUCAUGAAUAAUGGCGGAGGGAAAUAUUACUUUUUCGAACACAGUCCAUGGAAUGGUCUCACUGUUGCCGAUGUAGUUUUGCCUUGGUUUGCUUGGAUUAUGGGAUUUAUGAUUGUAAAAUCAAUUCGAUUGAGUCUGCAGCUAUCAAUUUCACGAAAACGAAUAUUAUUCAGAUUAAUGCGACGAUCGUUGAUUCUAAUUUUUCUGGGAUUAAUGAUAAAUUCGUAUGGACAGAAAAAAUAUACUUUAUGGAAUUUACGAUUUCCUGGAAUUCUACAACUUUUGGCUAUUACAUUCUUUAUUUGCGGGGCAUUGGAAACUGUUUUUCUAAAACCACAAAGAAGCUUUCAGGAGAUUUUUUUGCAGUACGGCCGAUUAGUAUUUCUUUCGGAUAUUUUUGAUAGUUGGCCGCAAUGGUUAUUUAUUACUGGACUCACGACAUUGCAUACUUUAUUGAUAUUUUUACUUCCGGUACCCGGAUGUCCUCAAGGUUAUUUUGGACCCGGUGGAUGUCAUCGUCGGGGAAAAUACGUUAAUUGCACUGCAGGCGCAGCUGGCUAUAUUGAUAGGGAAAUUUUCGGCAAUCAUAUGUACAAUAAAACAGAAAAUCCACUUUAUCGUCACACAUUGCCUCAUGAUCCAGAGGGUUUGAUGAACACAUUGUCGGCAGUUUUGAUUGUCUAUUUGGGAGUUCACGCUGGCAGAAUAUUUUUCACCUACUAUCAAUGCAGUUCAAAAUUAAUCCGUUGGCUUGCGUGGUCCGCCGUCACGGGUCUGAUUGCCGGAAUAUUAUGCAAUUUCCAAAAGGAAGAUGGCGUCAUUCCAAUAAAUAAGAAUAUGAUGUCUCUAUCGUAUAUUCUCGCCACUACUUCUUUUGCAUUCCUUCUAUUUGCAAUUCUUCAUUUAUUGAUUGAUCACAAAAAAUAUUGGAACGGCGCGCCUUUUAUUUAUGCAGGAGCAAAUCCAAUUUUACUCUACGUCGGACAUUAUUUGAUGAAGGAUCUUUUUCCAUUCGCUUGGAAUAUUGCGGGACCGUCGACGCACUCUUUCUUCUUACUGAUGAAUUUGUGGACAACCGUUCUUUGGGGUUUCAUAGCCUAUUUACUUUAUAGAAAAGAUAUUAUUUUAAGUAUUUAAGAACAAAAAAAAAAACAAAAAAAAAAAAAAUGAAAUUAAAAAGAGAAUCUUCCUAAAGAGAAUUAGAAGCUCGGUUUUUAUAAUUAAACGUUACUAGAUUAUGUACAUGAAUUUAUUUUUUAUUUAUAUGAGAAAAAAUAUAUUUUAGUUUCAAGUUUUUGAAUUGUACCAAACUUCUUAUUAAUAUACAGUAUUUUGGCAAAUUUA